GCUGCCGCGUGCUCUUUAGAGAAGAGACAAAGAGUAUUUAUAGACCCCAACAAACCAUUUGGUCUGUCACAAUGUAGUUCCUUUUCUCUCUUUCUUUUCUCUCUGAUUAUUACAGGAAAAGUAAAAUAUGGAGGAAACUAGAAAGAGGGAUGGGUCUGAUGGGGAUAAUACUGCUGUCGAAAAAUUACUAACUCCGGCGGUUUCUGACAGUUCCGGCGAUCUCGGUGACGAUAUAGUGGCUUGGCUUUCGAUGGACGAUGACACAGUUAAUGAGCUUAUGAAGUUUCUUGAUACAGACCCAGAUGGAGUUACUACUAGUUGUACUAAUACAAAAGUUAAGUUCAUUGAAAGCCCAUACUCGUCGCCGUUGAUUUUUCAGUCUUCUUCUUACAUCACCAUCAACGGCAACGAGGAAAGUUGCGGUUCUUCUUUCUCUGACUGGGAGUCAUCGGUUAUGGCAAGCGUAGACAUGGGUGGGAUUCUGAAUGCUGGAAAAGUGGGUAGCAUUGAUGGAUUUUGCGAGUUAUUUCAAGGUGGGAGGUGUGGCGCGUUGGGGUCAAAUGAGGUGGAAGAGGCGCGUGGAGUAAGGAUGGCAGAUGGUGAUGGUAAUGGUGAGAGAUUAAUGGACGAUGGUUUUGAUUGGGAAUUGAACGGUGACAGUCCGGUGUGGUUUGUAGUCGAAGGCUUUUGUUGACCGCUGAGUAAACGUGGAAACCAUGGGAUUUUGUAGUUAAAGGUAUUAUAAACAUUUUGUUUAAUUAGGCAGUAGUGAUUAAUUGUUAAUGGUGAUUAGUGAUUAGUGGGGUGAGCCAGCGGUGGUCAAUGGACUUUAUUUCUUAGUAAUAGAAAAUCAAUACAAUACAAAUAUAUUUUGGAAUGGUAAACAGAAAAGACAAGCUUUGUAAUUGAUGAUCGUUAGGCCUUUUUUUCCUUUUUUUCUUUUUUUUUUUUGGUUCCGGCUAAAGAGAUGAUAUUUUGGUUGCGGUUUUUGGGCUUAAAGUAAAUUUUAUGGGAUCAAUGAGU